AUGAUCGUUAAUCCAUGGGUGAAAAGUGUCGUUCUUUUAGCAUUGAUGAUCUAUCGUAGCACGCUGAGCGAAAGAACAUGCAAAAGUGAUCUUCCUCAGCAAGUAGUAUUCGGCCAAAGAGUACAGGACUACAUUCUGUCAGGUCCUGUAGUUACGACAGAACUAGUUGCUAGUGAUCAAGAGUGCCAGAUGCGAUGCAAUUUGAGUUUUAAGAGGCGAUCUCUAAACUACAUCGGCCGCCCUGAACUGGUUUCAAUUGAGGACUUUGAGGAAUUAUUUUCUUGACGUUUUCUUGACGAGCUCUUAAAGCAGGAGGGCGUCGAAAAGAUAUACGCGGGUAUGACUGACAUUGCAGAAGACGAUCAAUGGGUGUGGAUGGAUGGUAGUCCUGUCACUUUGGAUCCCCUGUGGCGCGGAAAUCACCCGGAUGGUGGUACAGAGGAAAAUUGUGGGGAGUAUGUAGAGAAUCAUGGCUUCCAUGACAAAAAAUGUGAAAACGAUAAGAGAUAUUACGUUUAUAAAUACUCGUUGUAUCACCUGUAAAUUUCCAAAGUUCCGGAUGAACACCUCGGCCAAAGAUGUGUCUGAUUAAAUAUCGGAUAAAGUUAAGCAAUUUGAUACGCUCAGUCGUUUGUCCACAUCAAAAACGAGGCAGACCAGGUUUAUCAAAGGAACGUAUUCCCAGCAUUUGAGCCUGGCCGAUCUAUGGGUGCCCCUUUCAGGAAAGUAAGUUAAAAACAAAUCAGGCUUUCCUGAUUUGGCUCUCCAUUUAGGCUGUUACGGCUGAAGAGAGGCACUGAGAAACUUUACUAUUUUGUCCAAGAACUGAUUAACUCCACAAAAUCACUUUCACGCCCAUGAUUACCACGCUUUUCAUGUUUUCUUCAA